AUGCCAGAUUGUAUAGAUAUUGAAGACUUCUUAUCUAAAUAUACCUUUUUGCUUGCUCUCAAAUGUUUGCAUGAUAAUUAUUUAGCUAUAACACCCCCAGUUUAUUUUGUAAGAUUUAUUGAUCAUCUAAUUAACUAUCUCAAGAACAGAGAAGAUAAUGAUUUAUUUCAGAUGGAAACCUUGAUUUCAAAUAAUAUUAAUGGAUUUAGUCUAAAUCCCCCCUCCGUGAGCGAAAAAAAAAACUUGUUCGGUCACGGAGGUUUUUUUUUGUUAAAAAAAUUAUAUAUAAAUUUUAUAGAAAAACCAAUUUCUCAAAAAUUGGAAAGCAAAUAUUAAUUUAAUUUGUAAAAUUUAUGUUUUAAAAUGUAUUUGCUUAACAUAAAAAAGAAUGAGCUAGAUACUAGUUAUUACUGAAAAAUUAAAUUUUUUUCAUAAAAAAUUUUUGUUAACUCACGGAGGGCGGGGUUUUGGGCAAAAAAUAGGGAUUUUUCAAUGGUUUUGCUCGCCCACGAGAGGGGGAGUAAGUAAUAUUGAUUAUAAUGAUCUUCAAUACUGUGCAAAAAUUCAGAUGAGAAUUUUCUGAGAUACUGAUUUUAGGAAGAAAAAAUGAAUUGUGGAAGUCAAAAAAGUGAAAGAAAAAGAGAAAAAAAGAAUUGAAGAAAUAAAUGAAGAAACAAAAACUGAAAAUCCAAAUCAAUUGUGUGAGCCUGAUAAUCUUGAAGACUUAAGUAUUUGAGAUAAUCUGAUACCUAAAACAGAUACUAGUUUGAUCAUUGAUCUUUUAAAAGAUUUCAAAGAGUCAUACAUUCUAAAAAUACUUUUUGAAGAAGAUAAAUUUCAGCCUCAAGUCAAAAAGUGGUUGCUUUCACAGCUAAAGAAUUUAUUUGACCUAAGCUUAAAACGCUCUAAAAAAACUGUAAAUUUUAUGGGUAAAGAUCAUAUGAUAUUGCCUUUUUGAUAUUGUGCAUUUCACCGAAGUACUUUUGGUUGAAAAUUUAAAAUAGUCCACCCAUUUGGCUGAAAUUUAACGGUUUUUUCGGUCAAAUGUCUCACUAUCAAAAAUAGUUCGAACAACUAUCAAAUUUCCGCAGUCAUUUAACAUGGAGCCAAAUUUUAUAGCUGAAACAAACUCGUUUUUAAUAAAACUAAUUUCAGAAGAAAUAACUAAACCUGACCAAAAUCAAAUAGAUGCCUUUACGAAUUUGGUUCACUCAAAUGUAGUUACUAAGGGAUUUGGUAAAAUUAAUCUAAACUUCGAUAAUGCAAAACCCUGCUAUGAUCAAGUUUAUUUCGCUUCAUUGCCAGAUGAUAUAGCAGGUGUCAAAUUUUUGGAGGAGAUAUCCUUACUCCACCUGCGUGCAUUGAGGGGGUUAGUUUUUUUUUAAAAAUUUUUAUUCAAAAAAAUUGUUUGUUCGUGGGUUUUAGGGCAAAAAAUAGUGAUCUUUCAAUGCUUUUGUUCGCUCACAGAGGGGGUCAGAGUUAUUAAUUCAAAAUAUAAUAAUACUCAGAAACUAA